AUGACAUCCAGGAACCUCAACAAGACCUGGCGCGACAUCGUCUUUGAACAGUACGAAGCCGAUCACGCAGCUGACGUCCCCUUUCCAAUCCACUACAUGAUCUACGGCGACCAGUGGAAAACAGACAUCAUCAUUGAUAUCCCAAACAAGAUUGGCGUCCCCGUCUUUCGUCAAGCUCUCCUCCACGCCGCUAGUACUAGACGCCUUGAAAAGGACCCAACAUACGAAGACGACCUGAUCAAGAUCCGACCACGUAUUCCGCCAAGCAAGAAUGAUGCUCACUCACAAGAUGACGCUGCUGCUCCUGGCAACAGCGGCUAA